UAGUCCGUGUUUGACAAACUCAACGCCCUUUCAAACUUUUCUCAUUUGCUUAGAAGAACACCAUAACGACCAUCUCCAUCAUAAACUUAAAAUAUCAUUGCUCUCUCCCUCUCUUCUUAUUAACCCCCUAAGCCACCCACCAAGAGUAGUAUUCUCUCUCCCUCUCCCUCUCCCUCUCUUCUUUUAAGUGUGAACCACAUCCCAAUUCAAGGUGGAAGAACUUCCCGAUUCUCGAAACUCAUUCUCGAAUCGUGAAUCGUCUUAACAGUUGUCCAAAGAUUGAGUUAAUUAAGAAGAGGCGAGUGCUAGAGCUAUGGCCAAUGAGUACAAUCGCUUCAACCAUCACCACCACCACUACCACCACCAGCACCACCACCAUCACGCUCAUCUGCAUAUAACUCACAGAGGCACAUUCUUGCCCAUGUUAUGUUCAAGACCAUCGAUCAAAGAUGUCCAGGUUCCAAGUAAUGCUUUCUUCUCCAAUGGCUCUGUGUCUCCAAAAAUCAGUUGUAUAGGCCAAGUUAAGAGGAACAACAAAGUUUCUGGCUUCCCGAUCACCUCUCAAACUAACAACAGCAGCAACAAUAUCAAGUAUUCCAAGCUCAAGAAACUCUUCUCGGGCAAAAACCUUACCACCGCCACUCCAACUAAAACCGCCACUGCUGCCACCGCCACCAGCUGUCCAAGCAGAAGCAGGAGACCACAAGUGAGUAAUGUGAAACAAGAUCAUUGUGCUAUUACAACAACAAUCAACUUAGUUGAUCUGGAUCCUCCUCUACCUGUGAUCAAGAGAGUACAUAAAUCUCCCCAAGAAGGAGAGGAGGACAGUCUUUGGAAGAGAAGAUCUGGUGGGGCUGCACUCAAAGGUUUGCAGCUGAAACAAGUUCACCAUCCUAGACAUCAAACUCAAUCCACAAGUGUGUGAUUUUAAUGAAUAGAAGAAAAUUCAUAAGGGAUUAAGGUAAAAACAAGGGGUACGUUGUAAAUGUCUUUUUUCUUUUGGAUCCAAAUUUUGGAUAUUGGUUGAUUCAAUGUUCCAAUGACAUAAUUAUUAAGACUGGUACUGAUAUCUUAUUACUGUAAUGUAUUUGAGUUGAUUAUA